ACCGUUGCUCUCAGCAUCGGGCUGUGCAGUCGCGCCUUCUAGCGUUAAGCUCCGAUGACGACCGACUGAGAAAGGCGCUUUGUCACGUUGUUACGGCCGGUGGGGUCCCGUCAGAGACCUGACGGGUGUUUCAUGAGAUGGGAUGAUGUAGCGGAAUAACUCUUUGGACGAAGUGCGCAGUACCGUAGCAUGCUAGGCUAGCGCGGAGGAACCAGGCAAAGUGACUGGAGCUAGCGGCUAGCGCGGGCUAGUGUUCACCUGCGGGCUCCCCUGCUCCCCUCCCGCCGCCGACAGGAUGAUGGAAAGUGUGAAGGAGAGCCAGUCCGCCGGAGCGCCCUCGACUUCAGCCGCACCGCAGGCGAUUCCCGACUCCAGCGGCGACACCAACCCCGGAAAGCCGAGCGGACCGCCGCCGCUGCACGCUGGAAAGAGACCGUCCAUCGGGGAGGAUGACGGCGGCGCAGAGGCGAAACUCUUCGGGAAGGGGCUGGCGGCCACCUCCCUUCUCCAGAUCGCCAUCCGAAACGGGAUCUACCAAAACCAAGUUGCCAACGCGAUCGGCGGCGCGGCCAAAAGCAUGAACAUGCCCUCGGUGAAGACGCCUAACAUCUACAGCCUGACAGCGGCGAACAGCUCCACUUCGGUGAACUCUCUGCUGAGCAGGCGGCGGCACAGACACAAGCGGAAUCUGUCUCUGGGCGCACCGCCGACCGCCGGCUCCACCGGGGCGUCCCCCUCCGAGGCGGCCGCCCCGUCUCAGUCCGCCUCGCCUCUGAGCACCCUCAGCCUGGAUCGGAAGACCUUCCUCCGGCAGAAGCAGUCGAAGCAGCUCCAGGCCGCUGAUAAAACGUGGGUAAGGUCCGACCUCCGGCGGGGAUGCGUUCACGUCCACGACUGGCUCACGCCCUCCUACCCGCGGCCGGUGCUGUGCACCCUGGACACUACAGCCGGAGAGAUAGCCUGCAAGCUGGAGGGGAGUAAAUCUGGGGCUGUGCUGAGAAUCAGCUGCAAACCUGCUGCUUUAGUGGACUUGAACGAUCAUUGUACAGAUAGUAACGGACAUGAUGAUGACAGCAGAAGUCUGAACGACAGCGUGGAUGUCAAAAAUCCCAAAGUGGAGGAGGAUGAAACCAUGAAACUGCCAUCUAAUCUACUGCAUGAUGACAAAACGGCAAGCAACUCCUCCUCAGAGGUCUAUCUGAAUGACAUUGGCGUGGAUGUGAGCUUCAGUGGUGCAGACUGUUACGGGGUCUACUCAGGUUCAGAUAUGGAGAGCAGCACCUGUGAGGACUUCAGUCCAGGUGGACCCAGAAGCACAGAGCGCCGGGACUCCCUCAGUGAUGGGGUGGGUUUGGGCACAGACUCCUCAGCAAUGAGCCCAAACUGUGACAGCGCCACCGAGGGUCCCGAUCCGUUCGAGAGCUCCUCGGAUGAAGUGGAUCUCACCUCUUCCCCCACACAUUCAACCAGCAACUCAGCUGCAGACCUGCCCCCCUCUGACUCUUCCAGUGCUUCCAACCAAGUGGCACCGCUGGACAAUGACAGGGAUGCUGCUGAUAAUGCAGACACACAAAAAUUAAACGACCCUCCUUCCAAAUGCUCCACUACUUCUCAGGCUCGGCCCCUCACCAGCCAAGCAUCUGGCCAACCUGACCUGGAGAUCCCAGGGGGAAGCAGAGGAUGGCCCGAGCCCAUCAAUACCAGCCCGACCCCGGCCCUCUUCAUCCAGCUGCACGGCGGAGCGGUGCGGCGGCUGGCAGAUGAUGAAAGACCUCUGCAGAUACUCAAUGAGUACCUCACUAAUCUGGGGUUUGAAGAUGCAUGGAGGUUACAAGAAGAGGGAAUGAAUCCAGAAAUUGGCUGCCUCAUACGCUUCUACUUUGGUAAGCCUCGCAGCGUGGGAGGGUCGGAGCGCGUGCAGCUCUCCGGCGUGUUCAACGUGCGCAAAGGGAAGCUGUCGCUGCCGGUGAACCGCUGGUCCAAGCGGCAGGUCACGCUGAGCGGAACCUGCCUCAUUGUGUCGUCUGUCAAACACGCCCACACCGGCAAGAUGCACAUCCUCCCACUCAUCGGGGGAAAGGUGGAAGAAGUGAAGCGGCACAGCCACUGUCUGGCUUUCAGCUCGGGCGGUCCUCAGAGCCAGACCUACUACAUCAGCUACGACUCGUACACGGAGCACCUCCGCUGGCACCGGACGGCCUCAAAGAUUGCCUCUCAGAGGGUGAACUCGGUCGACCUGUCCUGCUGCAGCCUGGAGGAGCUGCCCACUCAGCUGUUCUACAGCCAGGACCUGACUCACCUCAACCUCAAAAACAACUUCCUGUCCCCGCACAAAGGCAUUCCAGCACUCACCAGGUUUUGUAAACUGAGAAGCCUCAGUCUGUCCAACAACGGUCUGUCUGAGUUUCCCCUGGCCUUGUGCGACAUCACGUCGCUCACCGAGCUCAACCUCUCUGGGAACCGUCUCCACUCGCUGCCGGCCGACAUAGGAACGAUGCACAAUCUGCAGACUCUUCUCCUGGAUGGGAACUUCCUGAGCUCGCUGCCUCCCGAACUGGGCUCCCUGGAGGGUCUCACCUACCUCGGCCUGUCCUUCAACCGCUUCAGCUGCAUCCCUGCCGUCCUGGAGAAGCUCCGGGACACAGAGAGGCUCUGCCUGUCGGGGAACCGGCUCACCGUGCUGGACCUGAACGGGCUGCAGUGGCUGCCUGCUCGCUAUGUCGAUCUGAGGCUGAACUGGCUUCAGAAGGUGAGCGUGGCAGACGCCGAGCAGCUGGAGCACAUCGUGCAGCUGGACCUGAGGGACACGGGCCUGCGGCAGCUGGACGUCAGCUCCCUCUGCAAGCUGGAGCUGCUCCGCUGCGACAGGAACGCGCUCUCUCUGCUGAAAGUCAGCGGCCGCGCCAUCAAGAGCCUGCACGCCGCGCACAACGAGCUGAAGCGGCUGGAGGUGCAGCCGGUGCCGGAGAACCUGACGCUCCUGGAUCUGUCCUGGAACCAGCUGGGAUGUGUUCCUGACUGGGUGAGCGAGAGCAGCAGGCUGGAGGUGCUGGACAUCAACCACAACUGCGUGACCGAGCUGCCCGUACAGCUGCUGUCCAGCGGGAGCCUCAGAAAGCUGCUGGCGGGCUGGAACGGCGUGUGUCGGCUGGCCGAGAGGCUGGAGCGAUCGCAGCUGGAAGUCCUGGACCUCCAGCACAACUUCCUGACCGAGCUCCCACACAACCUGUUCAUCAAAGCGCAGAGCCUGAGAUACCUGAACGCCUCCGCCAAUAAGCUGGAGAGCCUCCCCGCGGCCAGCCUGUCGGACGACGCCUCCAGCAGCCUGGCGGAGCUCUACGCCACCAACAACAGCUUGACGGACAAGUGCAUCCCGCUGCUGACGGGCCACGGCCACCUCAGGGUGCUGCACCUGGCCUACAACCAGCUGCAGACCUUCACGGCCAGUAAACUGGCCCGACUGGAGCAGCUGGAGGAGCUGGACCUGAGCGGCAACAGGCUGAGAGCCGUGCCCACCACCAUCCUCAGCUGCCAGCGCCUGCACACGCUGGCCGCCCACUCCAACUGCAUCAACGCCUUCCCCGAGGUGCUGCAGCUGCCCGAGAUUAAGUGUGUGGAUCUGAGCUGCAACGAGCUGACCGAGGUGACCCUGCCCGAAGCGCUUCCUCCGAAACUGCAGGAGCUCGACCUCACGGGGAACCCUCGCCUCAACCUGGACCACAAGAGCCUGGAGCUCCUCAACAACAUCCGAUGCUUCCGGGUCGACCCGUCUCCUUCCGCUCCGUUUGCAAGCGAGAGCCACGGCGCCCCCGCGGUGUGGAGUCACGGCUACACCGAGGCCUCCGGAGUCAAAAACAAGCUGUGUGUGGCCGCCCUGGCUCUGGACAGCUUCUGCGGGGUUCGUGAAGCUCUGUACGGAGUUUUUGACGGCGACAGGAACGUGGAGGUGCCUUACCUGCUGCAGUGCACCAUGGGAGACGUGCUGGCGGAGGAGCUCCACAGGGGCCAGCGGCAAGGGGACUACAUGACCAACACCUUCCUCACCAUGCAGAGGAAGCUGGGCACGGCGGGCCAGAGGAUGGGCGGCUCCGCGGCUCUGUGCCACAUCCGACACGACCCCGUGACCCCCGGCGAGCACGGCGCCUGCUUCACCCUGAAGGCCGCCAACGUCGGCAGGUGCCAGGCCGUCCUGUGCAGAGACGGCAAAGCUAUGCAACUGUCCGCCGUCCACACCGUCCGCGACGAGGCGGAGUACCACAGAGUCCGAGAGCACAACGCCAUCAUCACCGAGGACAACAAAGUGAGCGGCGUCACCGACUCCACCAGAAUCAUGGGAUACUCCUUCCUCUGCCCCUCAGUCACACCCCGCCCCCACGUCGCCACGGUGACGCUCACCCCCCAGGACGAGUUCUUCCUCCUGGGCAGCCGGGGAUUGUGGGACAUGUUGUCGCCCAGCGAGGCGGUGGAGGCGGUCAGAAACGUCCCGGACGCUCUGGCCGCCGCCAAGAAGCUGGUGACGCUGGCGCAGAGCUACAGCUGCUCCGACAGCCUGAGCGCCGUGGUGGUGAAGCUCAGCAUCACCGAGGACUGCUGCUGCUUCUGCGAGCCGCCGCCGCCGCCGCCCAGCCCCGGCCCGGGAGCCCAGCCCGGCGGCUCGCACCCGUACGCCGGCGGCGGCGACGGCAUCCCGCUGCCGCCGGCGUCCUCGGGCACGGCGAGCGAGCUGAGCAGCGAGUUCAGCACGUCGGAGAUGAGCAGCGAGGUGGGAUCCACGGCGUCCUCGGAGGAGCCGCCGCCGCAGGCCGAGCCCCUCCCCCCGCACCCCAACCCCCCGGGGCGGGCCGGCGUGCGGCGCCCCGCCCGCGGCGGGGGCGGCUUCCAGAGGCAGUUCUCCGGCGCUCUGUCCGACAACGGGCUGGACAGCGAGGACGAGGAGCCCAUCGCCGGCGUCUUCUCCAACGGGAGUCGCGUGGAGGUGGAGGCAGACGUCCACUGCCUGCUCCGCCGCGACGGCGCACAGCCGCAAUGCAACAGCCCCGCCGCCGCCGCCUCGCCCCUCCCCCCCGCCUUCCCCUCCCCGGCUCCCUCCCCCGUGCCUCCCUCCUCGCCGUGCCUCGGCGCCGAGUCCCGGUCGGGCACCCUGGGCCGCCGGGCGCGGGCCAACGGCUCGGUGGCGUGCCAGGGCCGCAGCCAGGACCUGAUCGAGGAGGCGGCCGACGCCCCCGUCAGGAGGCAGGGCGGCUACUUCAACGCCCCGGCGCAGCCCGACCCCGACGACCAGCUGAUCAUCCCGCCGGAGCUGGAGGAGGAGGUGCGGCAGAUCAUCCAGCAGCAGCAGCAGCAGGAGCAGCUGCAGGCGCACAGCCAGCAGACGCACAACUACCAGAAGCCCGCCGACUACUUCGUCACGCCGCUCUGACCGCAGCCGGCGCCGUUUCUGAGCGGCCCCCGACGGGGCCUCGGACCGCUGUUUUCUGAUCACUUUUUUUUUUUUGUUUAUAUUUCCUGUUUUUUACUGUUAGCUCGACGCCCGCCUCCCCGACCAGAAAGUUUUUUUUUUUUUUUUACAUAUAUAUAAAUAUAUAAAACACUCUGACUUUAGUGUGGACUGAUUUCUGCAUAUCUCACUGGAGGACGCACUUUGACUACUCUCUGCUAGACUUUGCAGAUUAGCCCUCAGUUCAAGGUACUUUGAGAUUCGGACCGCUCUGUUUCUGUCGG